AUGUGGUUACAGAGGAGGAAUCCAACUCUAAAGGUUCUUGUGGUCCCAGAGGAACCAACCUACACGAAAGUCAAUGUGGUUACAGAGGAACUAACCUCACUGAAGUUCUAUGUGGUCCCAGAGGAACCAACCACACACGAAAGUCAAUGUGGUUACAGAGGAACUAACCUCACUGAAGUUCUUUGUGGUUCUGGAAAAAAGGAACCAACCUACACGAAAGUCAAUGUGGUUACAGAGGAACUAACCUCACUGAAAUUCUUUGUGGUCCAAGAGGAACCAACCUCCCCGAAAGUCAAUGUGGUUACAGAGGAACUAACCUCACUGAAGUUCUAUGUGGUCCCAGAGGAACCAACCUACACGAAAGUCAAUGUGGUUACAGAGGAACUAACCUCACUGAAGUUCUAUGUGGUCCCAGAGGAACCAACCUACACGAAAGUCAAUGUGGUUACAGAGGAACUAACCUCACUGAAGUUCUUUGUGGUCCCAGAGGAACCAACCCACACGAAAGUCAAUGGUUACAGAGAAACUAACCUCACUGAAAUUCUAUGGGUCCCAGAGAGGAACCCACACGAAUGUCAGUAUGGGUUGACCUCACUGAAGUUCUAUGUGGUCCCAGAGGAACCAACCUACACGAAAGUCAAUGUGGUUACAGAGGAACUAACCUCACUGAAGUUCUAUGGUCCCAGAGGAACCAACCUACACGAAAGUCAAUGUGGUUACAGAGGAACUAACCUCACUGAAGUUCUAUGUGGUCCCAGAGGAACCAACCUACACGAAAAGGAACCAACCUACGAGAAAGUCAAUGUGGUUACAGAGGAACUAACCUCACUGAAGUUCUAUGUGGUCCCAGAGGAACCAACCUACACGAAAGUCAAUGUGGUUACAGAGGAACUAACCACUGAAGUUCUAUGUGGUCCCAGAGGAACCAACCUACACGAAAGUCAAUGUGGUUACAGAGGAACUAACCUCACUGAAGUUCUAUGUGGUCCCAGAGGAACCAACCUACACGAAAGUCAAUGUGGUUACAGAGGAACUAACCUCACUGAAGUUCUAUGUGGUCCCAGAGGAACCAACCUACACGAAAAGGAACCAACCUACACGAAAGUCAAUGUGGUUACAGAGGAACUAACCUCACUGAAGUUCUAUGUGGUCCCAGAGGAACCAACCUACACGAAAGUCAAUGUGGUUACAGAGGAACUAACCUCACUGAAGUUCUAUGUGGUCCCAGAGGAACCAACCUACACGAAAGUCAAGGAACCAACCUACACGAAAGUCAAUGUGGUUACAGAGGAACUAACCUCACACCAUGUGGUCCCAGAGAAAGUUCUAUGGUUACAGAGGUCCCAGAGGAACCAACCUACACGAAAAGUCAAUGUGGUUACAGAGGAACUAACCUCACUGAAGUUCUAUGUGGUCCCAAGAGGAACCAACCUACACGAAAGUCAAUGUGGUUACAGAGGAACUAACCUCACUGAAGUUCUUUGUGGUCCCAGAGGAACCAACCUACCCGAAAGUCAAUGUGGUUACAGAGAGGAACUAACCUCACUGAAGUUCUAUGUGGUCCCAGAGGAACCAACCUACACGAAAGUCAAUGUGGUUACAGAGGAACUAACCUCACUGAAGUUCUAUGUGGUCCCAGAGGAACCAACCUACACGAAAGUCAAUGUGGUUACAGAGGAACUAACCUCACUGAAGUUCUAUGUGGUCCCAGAGGAACCAACCUACACGAAAAGGAACCAACCCUACACAAAAGUCAAUGUGGUUACAGAGGAACUAACCUCACUGAAGUUCUAUGUGGUCCCAGAGGAACCAACCUACACGAAAGUCAAUGUGGUUACAGAGGAACUAACCUCACUGAAGUUCUAUGUGGUCCCAGAGGAACCAACCUACACGAAAGUCAAUGUGGUUACAGAGGAACUAACCUCACUGAAGUUCUAUGUGGUCCCCAGAGGAACCAACCUACACGAAAGUCAAUGUGGUUACAGAGGAACUAACCUCACUGAAGUUCUAUGUGGUCCCAGAGGAACCAACCUACCCGAAAGUCAAUGUGGUUACAGAGGAACUAACCUCACUGAAGUUCUAUGUGGUCCCAGAGGAACCAACCUACACGAAAGUCAAUGUGGUCCCAGAGGAACCUCACUGAAGUUCUAUGUGGUCCCAGAGGAACCAACCUACACGAAAUUCUAUGUGGUCCCAGAGGAACCAACCUACACGAAAUUCAAUGUGGUUACAGAGGAACUAACCUCACUGAAGUUCUAUGAGGUCCCAGAGGAACCAACCUACACGAAAGUCAAUGUGGUUACAGAGGAACUAACCUCACUGAAGUUCUAUGUGGUCCCAGAGGAACCAACCUACACUGUGGUUACAGAGGAACUAACCUCACUGAAGUUCUAUGUGGUCCCAGAGGAACCAACCUACACGAAAAGGAACCAACCUCACACGAAUGUCAAUGUGGUUACAGAGGAACUAACCUCACUGAAGUUCUAUGUGGUCCCAGAGGAACCAACCUACACGAAAGUCAAUGUGGUUACAGAGGAACUAACCUCACUGAAGUUCUAUGUGGUCCCAGAGGAACCAACCUACACGAAAGUCAAUGUGGUUACAGAGGAACUAACCUCACUGAAGUUCUAUGUGGUCCCAGAGGAACCAACCUACACGAAAGUCAAUGUGGUUACAGAGGAACUAACCUCACUGAAGUUCUAUGUGGUCCCAGAGGAACCAACCUACACGAAAGUCAAUGUGGUUACAGAGGAACUAACCUCACUGAAGUUCUAUGUGGUCCCAGAGGAACCAACCUACACGAAAGUCAAUGUGGUUACAGAGGAACUAACCUCACUGAAGUUCUAUGUGGUCCCAGAGGAACCAACCUACACGAAAGUCAAUGUGGUUACAGAGGAACUAACCUCACUGAGAGUUCUAUGUGGUCCCAGAGGAACCAACCUACACGAAAUUCUAUGUGGUCCCAGAGGAACCAACCUACACGAAAGUCAAUGUGGUUACAGAGGAACUAACCUCACUGAAGUUCUAUGUGGUCCCAGAGGAACCAACCUACACGAAAGUCAAUGUGGUUACAGAGGAACUAACCUCACUGAAGUUCUAUGUGGUCCCAGAGGAACCAACCUACACGAAAGUCAAUGUGGUUACAGAGGAACUAACCUCACUGAAGUUCUAUGUGGUCCCAGAGGAACCAACCUCGAAAGUCAAUGUGGUUACAGAGGAACUAACCUCACUGAAGUUCUAUGUGGUCCCAGAGGAACCAACCUACACGAAAGUCAAUGUGGUUACAGAGGAACUAACCUCACUGAAGUUCUAUGUGGUCCCAGAGGAACCAACCUACACGAAAGUCAAUGUGGUUACAGAGGAACUAACCUCACUGAAGUUCUAUGUUACAGAGGUCCCAGAGGAACCAACCUACACGAAAGUCAAUGUGGUUACAGAGGAACUAACCUCACUGAAGUUCUAUGUGGUCCCAGAGGAACCAACCACACGAAAGUCAAUGUGGUUACAGAGGAACUAACCUCACUGAAGUUCUAUGUGGUCCCAGAGGAACCAACCUACACGAAAGUCAAUGUGGUUACAGAGGAACUAACCUCACUGAAGUUCUAUGUGGUCCCAGAGGAACCAACCUACACGAAAGUCAAUGUUACAGAGGAACUAACCUCACUGAAGUUCUAUGUGGAGAGGACCAACCUACACGAAAGUCAAUGUGGUUACAGAGGAACUAAAGUUCUAUGUGGUCCCAGAGGAACCAACCUACACGAAAGUCAAUGUGGUUACAGAGGAACUAACCUCACUGAGUUCUAUGUGGUCCCAGAGGAACCAACACGAAAUUCUAUGUGGUCCCAGAGGAACCAACCUACACACGAAAGUCAAUGUGGUUACAGAGGAAAACUAACCUCACUGAAGUUCUAUGUGGUCCCAGAGGAACCAACCUACACGAAAGUCAAUGUGGUUACAGAGGAACUAACCUCACUGAAGUUCUAUGUGGUCCCAGAGGAACCAACCUACACGAAAGUCAAUGUGGUUACAGAGGAACUAACCUCACUGAAGUUCUAUGUGGUCCCAGAGGAACCAACCUACACGAAAGUCAAUGUGGUUACAGAAGAACUAACCUCACUGAAGUUCUAUGUGGUCCCAGAGGAACCAACCCACACGAAAGUCAAUGUGGUUACAGAGGAACUAACCUCACUGAAGUUCUAUGUGGUCCCAGAGGAACCAACCUACACGAAAGUCAAUGUGGUUACAGAGGAACUAACCUCACUGAAGUUCCUAUGUGGUCCCAGAGGAACCAACCUACACGAAAGUCAAUGUGGUUACAGAGGAACUAACCUCACUGAAGUUCUAUGUGGUCCCAGAGGAACCAACCUACACGAAAGUCCCAAGAGGAACCUCACUGAAGUUCUCCCACGAAAUGUCAAUGUGGUUACAGAGGAACUAACCUCACUGAAGUUCUAUGUGGUCCCAGAGGAACCAACCUACACGAAAGUCAAUGUGGUUACAGAGGAACUAACCUCACUGAAGUUCUAUGUGGUCCCAGAGGAACCAACCUACACGAAAGUUCAAUGUGAAGUUUAUGUGGUCCCAGAGGAACCAACCUCACUGAAGUUCUAUGUGGUCCCAGAGGAACCAACUAUGUGGUCCCAGAGGAAACCAACCUACACGAAAGUCAAUGUGGUUACAGAGGAACUAACCUCACUGAAGUUCUAUGUGGUCCCAGAGGAACCAACCUACACGAAAGUCAAUGUGGUUACAGAGGAACUAACCUCACUGAAGUUCUAUGUGGUCCCAGAGGAACCAACCUACACGAAAGUCGAUGUGGUUACAGAGGAACUAACCUCACUGAAGUUCUAUGUGGUCCCAGAGGAACCAACCUACACGAAAGUCAAUGUGGUUACAGAGGAACUAACCUCACUGAAGUUCUAUGUGGUCCCAGAGGAACCAACAUACACGAAAGUCAAUGUGGUUACUACAGAAGGAACCAACCUACACGAAAGUCAAAAGGAACUAACCUCACUGAAGUUCUAUGUGGUCCCAGAGGAACCAACCUACACGAAAGUCAAUGUGGUUACAGAGGAACUAACCUCACUGAAGUUCUAUGUGGUCCCAGAGGAACCAACCUACACGAAAGUCAAUGUGGUUACAGAGGAACUAACCUCACUGAAGUUCUAUGUGGUCCCAGAGGAACCAACCUACACGAAAGUCAAUGUGGUUACAGAGGAACUAACCUCACAGUUCUGGUCCCAAAGGAACCAACCUUCAAUGUAUGUUACAGGAACUAACCUCACCAGAGGAACCAACCUCCCUGAAAAGGAACCAACCUACACGAAAGUCAAUGUGGUUACAGAGGAACUAACCUCACUGAAGUUCUAUGUGGUCCCAGAGGAACCAACCUACGAAAGUCAAUGUGUUACAGAGGAACUAACCUCACUGAAGUUCUAUGUGGUCCCAGAGGAACCAACCUACACGAAAGUCAAUGGUUACAGAGGAACUAACCUCACUGAAGUUCUAUGUGGUCCCAGAGGAACCAACCUCCAAUGUGAGGAACCAACCUACACGAAAGUCAAACUAACCUCACUGAAGUUCUAUGUGGUCCCAGAGGAACCAACCUACACGAAAGUCAAUGUGGUUACAGAGGAACUAACCUCACUGAAGUUCUAUGUGGUCCCAGAGGAACCAACCUACACGAAAGUCAAUGUGGUUACAGAGGAACUAACCUCACUGAAGUUCUAUGUGGUCCCAGAGGAACCAACCUACACGAAAGUCAAUGUGGUUACAGAGGAACUAACCUCACUGAAGUUCUAUGUGGUCCCAGGUCCCGAAAGUCAAUGGAACAGAGGAACUAACCUCACUGAGUUCUGUCAACUAACCUCACUGAAGUUCUAUGGUCCCAGAGGAACCAACCUCACGAAGUUCAAUGUGGUUCCCAGAGGAACCAACCUCACAAGAAUUCUAUGUGGUCCCAGAGGAACCAACCUACACGAAAGUCAAUGUGGUUACAGAGGAACUAACCUCACUGAAGUUCUAUGUGGUCCCAGAGGAACCAACCUACACGAAAGUCAAUGUGGUUACAGAGGAACUAACCUCACUGAAGUUCUAUGUUCCCAGAGGAACCAACCCACACGAAAGUCAAUGGGUUACAGAGGAACUAACCUCACUGAAGUUCUAUGUGGGUCCAGAGGAACUAACCUCACUGAAGUUCUAUGGUCCCAGAGGAACCAACAUACACGAGAAAUCAAUGUGGUUACAGAGGAACUAACCUCACUGUUCUAUGUGGUCCCAGAGGAACCAACCUUCAAUGUGGUUACAGAGGAACUAACCACUGAAGUUCUAUGUGGUCCCAGAGGAACCAACCUACACGAAGUCAAUGUGGUUACAGAGGAACUAACCUCACUGAAAAUGUCAAUGUGGUCCCUUAAAGUCAAUGUGGUUACAGAGGAACUAACCUCACUGAAGUUCUAUGUGGUCCCAGAGGAACCAACCUACACGAAAGUCAAUGUGGUUACAGAGGAACUAACCUCACUGAAGUUCUAUGUGGUCCCAGAGGAACCAACCUACACGAAAGUCAAUGUGGUUACAGAGGAACUAACCUCACUGAAGUUCUAUGUGGUCCCAGAGGAACCAACCUACACGAAAGUCAAUGUGGUUACAGAGGAACUAACCUCACUGAAGUUCUAUGUGGUCCCAGAGGAACCAACCUACACGAAAGUCAAUGUGGUUACAGAGGAACUAACCUCACUGAAGUUCUAUGUGGUCCCAGAUGAACCAACCUCCCCGAAUGUCAAUGUGCUUACAGAGGAACUAACCUCACUGAAGUUCUAUGUGGUCCCAGAGGAACCAACCUACACGAAAGUCAAUGUGGUUACAGAGGAACUAACCUCACUGAAAUUCUAUGUGGUCCCAGAUGAACCAACCUCCCCGAAUGUCAAUGUGGUUACAGAGGAACCAACCUCACUGAAGUUCUAUGUGGUCCCAGAGGAACCAACCUCCCGAAAGUCAAUGUGGUUACAGAGGAACUAA